AUGGAUGCGGAGGUGCACGAUGCGGUAGCAGUUGGACCUAGUACACUUAUAAACAUUUGCGGAUAUUUAGCAACAGAGUGCCGAGCAAUAACCAGCAAGGAGGGCGAGAACGUUCAGAUUCACGUUCUUUUGCUUGAAAAAGUCCCAGUGCAUAUUCGUAAUUUGAUCCUUUAUGAGUACGAAAUGUACUCAGAGCUCCAAUGCCCGCAUAUGCUUCAGAUCCUUUCCGCUAAGCUUAUGCCGGAACAUUCUCUUCUCCUUAUCGAGACGAGAAUGUGCUACGGAAUCACUCUGGCUAGCCUGAUGCACAUGCACCGCCAGGCAGCUGUCAGCAUUCCUGAGGAGUUUAUCUGGUUUCUGCUCGUGGCUGUUGCGGAGAUGCUUGCCGAGCUCCACGACUUUACCACGAGGUCUGAAAUCGAGAGGAGAUGCCAUUUUGUGACCCCCUACAAUAUCUUUCUGUCUGUUGCCGGAAAGGUCCAUAUUUUUCCGGCCACGGAGUCUCUUUCUAGCGUUAUGUGUUAUGGGCAACAGUCGUACUUAGCCCCCGAGCUGCUAGGCUCAUCCACUAUGCAAGUGACGCCACAGUCUGAUAUCUGGUCGCUGGGGAAACUGCUUUCUGAUAUGUGCUUGCUCCUCCUUCCGAGCAGCCCCGAACCACCAUCUCUGCCCACAGACACGGACAUUUUCACGGUACCGGGGAUACCAGGUCAGCAGUUUACUUACUCUGACGAUCACGCAUGCUUAGACUCUAGGUUCAAUAGCCAAGCAUCCGCUCAUCCUUGUUAUUCUCUCCUCCUUACUAUUAUAAUCGGGAAGUGCAUGUCUCCCGACCCCCAGGAUCGACCACUAGCAGAAGAGCUCUUAGGAUUUCUUCCUCGCGAUAGUUUUCCUUCCACCUAUCCCGUAUUCAAGUCGGUACUUGGUGAGAUUGGCUCGUAA